GCCAUUUUGACGAAAUUGUCAACAGCUUGAAUUAAACUUCUAUUUUAGCCUCGUAUCAGACGUUCUUUUUGACACCAGCAUACAGGAUGAGGACCGAGCUGUGUCAGUUCAGUGGAUUAAAAAUCUACCCGGGGCACGGGAAACGAUACAUUCGUAUCGACGGCAAGAGUUUCAACCUUUUAUCGGGAAAAUGCCAAGCCCUUUUGCUCGCUAAGAAAAACCCAAGAAAAAUUUGUUGGACUGUCUUGUACCGACGAAAGCACAAGAAGGGUACCCAGGAAGAGGUCACUAAAAAGCGAACUCGUCGUAACGUGAAGUUCCAGCGAGCCAUUCAAGGUGCAUCAUGGGGCGAGAUUGUUGCCAAGAGAAACCAAAAGCCCGCUGUGCGCAAAGCUGCACGCGAUCAAGCAAUAAAAGCUGCUAAAGAAAAGAAGAAAUCUGCAGAACAAGCGAAGAAGGUUCAAAAGGCAGCUAAACCAGCCGGUCAGAAAUCAAAAGCAACGAAAAAUGUUCGUGCUUCUGCACCAAGAGUUGGUGGUAAACGAUAAAUUAAACAAACGCUCGAUAUAA